CCUUCUCUCGCAAUUUAUAUAUAUAAAGCGACCGAUUGUUCGUCUUAGGAAUCUCAUCGUCCUUUCCCGACAUCCAACUAUUACCUCUGCGAAUCCGAACUUUCACCACAUCUCGAAUCCCGGCAGAUAACUCUCUGAUCGAUCGAUCGAUCUUCGGUAUUGUGUAUCGAUGGCCUUGAUGGACACGAACUCGCUAGGGGAUGUCCUCCUGAAGGUGGGGAUGUUCGUGCUGGUUCAGGCUCUGGUCUACCUCAUCCUCUCGAAAUCCUCGGACGUCUUCUCCAAGGACAAGGCCAAGAAGUCACUCAGCUUCCGGCCCGUCCGCUCGGUCAGCAUCCGCCGCUUCAUGGCCGCCCUCUCCGACAUGCCUGCUGGCGGCGAGCCAUCCCCGUCUCCCCGCAGCCCCCCGAGUCUGACGACCACCCAUGAGGACUGAGUACGAGCCCGAGGAAUAUUGCGCAACCGAACCGGUGCAGAUCGGUUAAUUAAUGAUUGAUUGUAUAAUAUGAAAGAGUUAAAUCUUCUUUUUACCAGGAUUUGAAUCAUUGAUAGUGUGAGAUUUUGCAUAUAUAUAAGUUAGUGUGUGCGGUUUUUUUGAAGAGAUGCUGUUGUAAAUUAUGAUUCUUUUGUUGUUUAUUUCAAUAAGAAGAAUAUCAAACGUUAUUUUGGGUGGAAAA